UUAAAUGUUGUUUAUUUUCAUAUUGUGUUUAAAUAUUUAUCAUGCAGAAAAUUAUUUAGUUUUCACACUCCCAGAGCAGGUAGGACAAAAUCUCUCAUGAAUUAGCAUUGUUUCUCCAUUCCAGCAGGUUCUUUUGAACAAUUUGUUUGACUGUUCACGGACAUUCAGAGAUGCUGCAUCCCAUUGUAUUUUUAAAUCUUUGUGACAUUGUACAUUGGGACUCUUUGUCUGAAAACAGUACAAUGAGGGUUUGGAUAGAUGCCUGUGGUCAGCCCGUUUCCCCCAGCUCACACACUGAGGUCUUUUCCUGGUGACAAGCAGACCGUUUUUCAAAUGUAGCAAUGCAAAUUUUGGCAAUGCCAUUUUUGUAUACAAAUUAUCCAUAGAUUAAUAAAAUGGCUGACUGGUCAAUUCUGGGCCGCUUUCUAACAGAGGUUCAGAAUCAUUCGACGGUCAUCGGUAAGAUCUGGCUGACGGUGCUUCUGAUCUUUCGCAUCCUGCUGGUGACCCUUGUUGGAGAUGCCGUGUACAGCGAUGAGCAGUCAAAGUUCACUUGCAAUACGCUGCAGCCGGGCUGCAACAAUGUCUGCUAUGACACUUUCGCCCCUGUCUCACAUUUGCGCUUCUGGGUCUUCCAGAUUGUGCUGGUCUCAACACCUUCCAUCUUCUACAUAAUCUACGUGCUGCACAAAGUCACCAAAGACGAGAAAAUAGAGACAGAGAGGGUCCAGGCAGAGACUGAGGACUCCGUGGGAGACUAUUCUGGGCAGCUGGAAGGGGACGGUGUCAGACUGGGAUAUGGACACCAGGGAGAAGAAUGGAGUGGUCGGGAUGAAGAAAGCAUAGAGCAAAGUCUCCUGCAGGAUGAUUUCGGAAAGGAGGGCAAGGAUCCAACCACACUCUCCAGUCAGGUUCUCCUCAUCUAUAUUGUUCACGUCUUGAUCCGCUCCGUCCUAGAGAUCACAUUUCUUGUUGGUCAGUACUACCUGUUUGGAUUUGAGGUGCCUCAUUUGUUUAGAUGCCAAACGUACCCUUGUCCGACACGGACUGAUUGUUUUGUGUCGCGAGCCACUGAAAAGACCAUUUUCCUUAAUUUUAUGUUUAGCAUUAGCCUGGGUUGUUUUCUCCUGAACAUUGUGGAGCUUCACUACCUCGGAUGGAUCUACAUUUUUCGCAUUUUGUGUGCCGCCUGCUUCCUGUGCAUCAGGCCAGAGAGGGAGCUGUAUUCUCAACGCAGGCCUUUGCUGCUACGCCUGAGACAUUCAAUGCGGAGCAGGCUGGUCCUACAGUCCCCCACAACCACCUUGUCUGAGGAAAAGACGGCAACGGCUUUGCUUUCACACGGCCCAGCCAUUUCCUUUGAGACUGACUCCACUCUUGAAUGCACCUCAAAGAGGACCCCAGAGGAGAGCGAAUGCAUGAGGCUGAAAUUGGCCAACAUGGCUAGAUUUACUGGCAAAAAGUCCUGGUUGUAAUGUGUAUUGACGGUUUUUAUUUUCUCUUGUUACAUAAGCUCAUUGUAAAUUUCAGUUUAAGGCCUGUUUCACACACCCUGACCAUAUUAACAAGUAACAGCUUUCACAAUGCAUACAGGCAGUUUUGCGGUCAAGAAGAAGCACUGAAAGAACAUUUGGAGCACUUCAUGCUGAAAUCAGCAGAAAAAAUCUUUUGAAAUAGAAACUUUUGAAUUAGAGCAACAUAAAAUGAUGGAGCAACCUAUUUGUUUGAAAAAAGA